AUAUGAGUGAAGAACAUCAAGAAGCUCCUGUUAGUGAGGAGGGGCCAGUCCCAGUCCUGAGAUGGGACUUAGGUUUAUUCGAACAGAUCGUUCGAAGUUUUAGGUUUCCACCGGAGUGGGAUGCCCGGUACCCUGCUCAGGGUCAGACCGCGGCUGAUGCCCCACCCGGUUACAUUACUUUGUUCGAAGAUUUCUUCCUUCAAGGAAACUUCCGGCUGCCGGCGACUAACUUCUUUGGUAGCAUAUUGUCCUACUACAAGUUUCAUAUUUCACAGUUAAGCCCACCUGGGAUGGUGAGGGUGAGGCACUUUGAGUUCUUGUGUCAAUCUCACGGCAUUGAGCCGACGGUGAAUAAGUUUCGUGUCUUCUAUCAACUGCAAAGAACAAUGGGGUUCUUUUCUUUUGCUAGCCGUGGUACGGCUAAGAAGAUUUUGUUGAAUCCUCCCAAGAGUUUCCACGACUGGAAACCCAAGUUCUUCUUCAUCCGGGAGGAAGUCUUGCCAAUAGCUAUGCCGUUUAGGGAAUGGACCGAGGUUAUACCAAAGGAGGACCUUCCUAUACCGAAGUCUGCUCGGUGGUAUCAGCAGCUUACCGCAACCCCUAACCGGGUAUUUGGGGAGAAUGUUCUGGUUGCUGCCAAGAUGAGUGACCAGUGGUCACCUAGUAGCAGGGAACUCCCGGUCUUGAAGAUCGGGGAUCAAGAGACGCAACUCUAUCAGGCUGCCUUCCCAGCCUUUGGUGGCUCCAUGGGCGUUCGCCCUCUGCGCGAUGAUGAGGAAGGCUGGUAUGACCAGAUAAAAGGGAACUUCAUGUUUCCUCCUGCUGACGCCUUCGCCUCACCGCCGGAUGCAACUGAAGGUGUGUUGCGCGAUCUGGGGGUUGACCCAGAGGAGAAGAAGAAGAAACCUUCGAAGAAGAAAAAGAAGGCGGAUGUUGAAGUGACCAGCAAGGGUCCUGGCGCCAGUCGCGCAACUACUGCUGCUGUCAAAGUGACUCUUAUGAAGGUUUAUCAUGUGCAGCUAUGGGAAAGACUGGCGCUGGUGGGUCAAAGGGCUCUGGGAGCGCGGGUUCUCGUAACCCGGAUGCUGACGCAACUCCAUCUCAACCUGAGGAUGAAGAAGAAGAGGAAGAAGAAACUGCCCCGUUGA